AUGCAGCCACAGUAUCGCAACUAUGCGCAGCCAGUGCCUCAGCGGUCACCCCACGGAGCUAACCAGCGACGCGGCGGGAUAGGCCCAAUGAUGUCGUCUGGUCCGCAUCCUUCCGUUCCCUUGACCCAAGCCCAGAUUGCCCAGCAGCAUGCAGCACAAGCCCGUGCGAACGAACUUGCCCGGCGCCGCAGCCGCAAGCCUACCGACAAAAACAUUCCCGACGGAGUGGAGGACAGCAUUGUCGACCCCGAAGUCGUCCAGCGAUACAAGGCCCUCCGCGACGUGGAAAGAACCCUGGACGCGACGCUGACGCGCAAGCGCCUUGAUUUAUCGGAAACUUCUGCUCGAACCGUCGGCAAGCUGCCCAAAACACUGCGCAUCUGGAUCAGCAAUACUGUGGAGGACCAGGCCUGGCAGGGAAACGGCCUCAACGUCGAUGCUUUUGAUUUCUCGCCAAAUCUGGAAGCGACGUAUCGCGUCAAGAUCGAGGGCCGCCUGCUGGACUCGGAUGGGCUUGCCUCGGGGCGGCCGGCCACGGCUGACGCGCAGCCGGUGCAAGUCACCCAGCCCGGGAGUACGGACGCCUCCUCGCGAGGUGCUGGGCAGAGUCGAGGAGGCGCGUCCGAGGCCAGCUCCUCGUCUGCAGCCAAGCAUCGCUUUUCCCACUUCUUCAAGGCCGUCUCAGUAGAUUUCGAGCAGGCUCGGUUCAGAAGCGCCGCCGAGCAGCAGGCUGUGGAGUGGAAGAAGCCAGAAGCGGCGCCAAAGAAUCAAUCCGCCGCGGCCAAUGCGGCCGUCGACUUUGACGAGCUCACCUUCAAGCGCAGCAGCGACGAGAACAUGAACAUCACCAUCAAACUCUAUCGCCAUGAAGUUCCUGAGCGGUACCACAUUACUCCUGAACUAUCCGAGGUCAUUGACAUGACUGAAGCCACUCAUCAAGACGCCGUCACAGCGCUAUGGGAAUACAUCAGACUAUGGAACCUUCAAGAGGACGAGGAAAAGAGGAACUUUCGCUGCGACGAGCUGUUGAAGAAGGUAGUUGGAAGAGGCGACACAGGGUAUAUCCCCAUGUUGAACGAGUACGUGGCCCAGCACCUUCGUCCAUUACCGCCAAUCAGCUUGCCGUACACGAUUCGGGUUGAUGAAAAGUUUCACCGAGACCCACAACCCACGAUCUACGAUGUGCAGGUCUUGGUGGAUGAUCCUCUUGCGGGAGCACUGCAGCCUUUCGUCAACAACCCUCAGCAUGCUGGUAUCCUGAAAGAUGUCGCCUUGCUUGACGAGCAGCUGGCUCGAUUGAUCCAAGCUAUAGGAGUGUCAAAGGCAAAGCAUUCAUUUUUCAAGUGCCUGAGUGAAGACCCAGCUACGUUUGUGACCAGCUGGCUCAGCUCCCAGAAGCGUGAUCUCGAGGUUAUUCUAGGCGACUUGAACAGCGGCGGCGGAGACGACUGGAGGCAAGGUGGCGGCGCGUAUGGUACGUGGACGACGCCGAACGCUCGUGAAAGUGUCAACGUUCUUCUAUCAAGGCAACGCUAG